AUGAAUCUUUUUCAAUAUUAUAAUGUAUUUUUUUCUUCAUUUCAGCAAUCGGUCCCUCCUGUGAUGGCAUUCCAUUUGGGCUCGCUAGGAUUCCUCACGCCCUUCGAGUUCAACAACUUCCAGGAACAAGUUAUGAACGUUCUAGAAGGUCACGCGGCGUUAACGCUGCGAUCGCGACUGCAAUGCGUGGUGCUCCGCAAGAGUAAUGACCACAGCAGCGACAAGAAGAAGCCCACCACUAUUCUAGUACUUAACGAGGUGGUGGUGGACCGCGGGCCCUCGCCCUACCUCUCCAAUAUAGACUUAUUCUUGGAUGGGAAACACAUUACCUCUGUGCAAGGAGACGGCCUGAUCGUGUCGACGCCUACCGGUAGCACAGCGUACGCGGUGGCAGCGGGCGCCAGUAUGAUCCACCCUUCAGUGCCAGCCGUCAUGGUCACACCAAUCUGCCCACACUCGCUGUCCUUCCGCCCCAUCGUCGUACCAGCCGGCGUCGAGCUCAAGAUCGCUCUGUCCCCGGAGGCGCGGAACGCCAUGUGGGUGUCGUUCGACGGUCGCAGCCGCCAGGCGCUUCAACACGGAGAUAGCCUCUACGUGACUACGUCGGUGUACCCGGUGCCGUCGAUAUGCGCACAAGACCAGAUCUCGGACUGGUUCGAUUCCCUGGCGGAGUGCCUGCACUGGAAUGUUCGCAAGAAGCAGAAGCAUAUGGAUGAGCUGAGUGACUUCACGCACUCCUCAAGUGACACUCUCGACGACCUCGAGCAGAACCACGACGCUCCCGCCAACGCGCACGCGUGACUCGCCUCAGUCACUGUAGCGUGAAGCCACCCGGCAACGAAGUUGACAACAACCUUUAUAAGGCAUCGACUGACUCAACUUAGUGUUUUCAACUCACGAUAGCCACUACAAUAAUGUUCGUAACCACAUCACUAGAGCUAGGUAUUGCCUUCGGUCGUGACGUCACUGUUGCAAGCACUAAAUUGAAAACGCCUCUAUUCCACAGGGUCUCAUGCUCGAAAGGCGAAAGAUAGUUACGAACCUCGUAUUAACAUGUCGAUAGGAUAAGUUUUUAUAUCGCAUAGGUGUGUAAGGCAGUGGUUAUGUUCGUUGCGCGCGAAAUUGUUGUUAACUGAGCUAUAUUGCUCGUCGUAUGUUAAAAGAAUUAUUGUUGGACUUAUUUACAUUCCCUUAAAACAAUGUAACCUACAUGGCGCAUUGAACUGUUCGUAUUUUUUUCUACACGAAUGCUUUUAUUUCCAAUAAAGUUAUUUUCAUUUACCGAAAGGUUACAACUGAAUACGUUAUUUUUGUAGUUGGGGCUCAAUAUACAGGGUGUCCCAAAAACAAUGGAUAAUCUUGUAACUAUCGAUAAGCCUCACAUAGCCUGUCUAAUAUUUAAUUUUGGCCAGGUAAAAGUACCUAUCAUGGUUUUCGAGAUGUUUAAGUUUUUUGUAUUUUUAGAAAAUUACCACCUGCGAUUGCGAUGCCGCGAUGUUAUGUAUUAAAUUAUCUUCUUUUUAGUACAUUUUAAAUAAUUUUCUAAAAAUACAAAAAAAAAUCAUGAAGAGGCCUAUCGUUGGCUUCAGGGUUAUCCAGUGUUUUUGGGACACCUAUUAUACAUAGUCACACUUAAAAUGAAAAUGGGACAACAUUUGGAUUAUUGCUUCUGAAAUAACGUUUAUAUUCCAAAACGUUGUGGUGCUACCUAAAUAUUUCAGUGCCAAUAUAAAUAAGAAUAAGAUUUGCCACUGGUGUUCAACGGAGCACAAAAAUAGGUGUAAUAACACUUGCAUAAUUUUAGGUUGCGUUUCAAUAUUUUUAUAAAUGCAGGGGUUGGAUUGUUCCUAGGUAUUUAAAUAAGGUUUGCAUAUACCUAAAAUGAUCGUUAUCUUCUCUGUACAAAGUGUACAAAACAGAUUUGUUAAUCCAAACUCCAGAGGACUGGAGUAUGUUUGAUUCUUUUAAUUUUGUCUGUUAUUUGAAUGAAGGUUUGUUUGGUGUUCACAAGUUUAAA